GCAUGCAUUUCUUGUAUACCCUAUAUUCCUAUUUCUUAGAGGAUAUCCUUAUCGUUAAUUAUAGUAAGUUCCUAAAAGGAAAAAAUAAAUUUAGCUAUACAUGGUCAAAAUCUCUUCUUUUAGGUCGUUUCUUCAUACAUUAUCAUUAAUCAACUAGCUUUACGUACCAUUGAGGCAUAGUUAUUAUUGUUUUCGAUCUGUCUUACAAAAAAUCUUGAAAAAUGGGGGGUGAAAUUUCCAAGGUAAAAGGCAAGAACUAUAGGAUCCCCCCAAACUUCCUUCGUCGACGUUUACAUGACAAGAAGAAAAGAAGGCGUUUUCGUAGGCCAACAAAACAAUCUACACCUUCCAAGAAGGAAUUACUUUCAUAUGCUAUAGAAGAUGAUGAGAAUCUAGAAGGAAGCCUUGGAAAAAGUGAGUAUGUAAUUAAGGAUAUUAAAAAAGUUGAAGCAAAUGAUGAUCAUCAAGAACGAGUGGCAAAACUGAUAGAAGCAAUUGUUCAAGAAAACGACGACGAAGAAGAAGAUAAAGAAAGGGAUUAUGGAGAUGAUGAUAAUCAUAAAGAUGAUCAAAGGACGAUAAAGCGUAGUUAUGAUGAUGAGGGGCCUGGUUCACCAAGUUUUAGAGUAUAUUUCACAAAUAAUAACAAUGUUGUUGAAGACAAGAGGAUUAAUGAAGUAAUUAUUGGUAACAAGGAUGUCAUUAAGAACACAACUCCAAUAGCAGCUACUAGUAGACCAACAAUCCCUAUUGCUGCUACCAUACCAUCAACAGAGGUGGUGCCUGUGGGCAGAAAGGUGAAGAAAGAAACGAAGAGGAAGAAUUUUAAAAGUGCACUGUCAAAGAAUAUGCUGAACGUUCGAUCAUGUUACUCUACAGCUCACUCCAGGCACAAGCGCAACCAUAUUCUUCCUGGAAAAGCACCUGCUUGAUCAAGCACCACACAUUUACUUGAUCGUCUUUUAGGGAAAUUAAACUCAUCACCCUUUGUCUGCUAUGUUUAGUGGACGUAAACUAUAGUUUAGCAAAUCAAAUAGCAGGUCCGCUGUAAUGAAAAACUCAGAAAUCAAUAUUAUGAAAUUGUGGACCUAAGAGAUUGUAUAUACCUCUUAAAUCCAGAAUGUCAUCUUCUUUUUCUU